AUGGUAUAUACAAUAUCACCCGAGCAUUGGGAAUACCGUGACGAAGGCGGAGCAAAUAUUGUGAUGGGCUAUGUGGGACCCGAAAAUGGGCUCAAAUGCAAAGUGUUGCGUAUCCGAAAGGGAAAUAUCAAGGAAUCUUCGGAUGGGACGAAUGAGAUCAAAGAGAUAUACAUGUACACUCACGCUAUUGUUGGCAAGCUGUUUCCCGAGGGGUUGGUUGAUGCGGGCGAGUUGUUGCCGAUAACCGCUGAGCAG